AUGCCCGAAAUUGUCGUCCGAGACGCCCGCUACUCGGAGCUACCCGAGAUUGCGCGCCUCAUGGCCGCCGCCUUCUGGGACGACAACCUCUUCGGCGAGCACAUCCAUCCCCACCGCUCCCAGUACCCGGACGACAUGUACCUCUACUGGCUUCGCCGCGCCCGCGUCAACUUCUGGGACUACCGCUAUCGGUUCCUCGUCGCUGUUCGCCGCGAAGCCUCCUCGCCCACCACCGGCCGGGAGGAGGAGGACGUCAUUGUCGGCACCGCGCUGUGGACGCGCCUCGGCGAUGGCGGCCGCGCACUUGAGCUCUGGCCCGUCGAUCCCCGAAACCUUCUACGCCCCCUCUCCGCCGCCGCCAUGGGCGUCCACGCAUACCUGUGGCCGAACCGCGCCGCGGACCCGACGCGCGAGGACGCCAUCGAGCGCGCCUACCCGUGCUUCGGCCCGUCCGCCUGGACCGGCGACCGCGCCGAGUCGUGGUACCUCGACGCGCUUGCCGUGCACCCGGACCGGCAGGGUGGCGGCGUCGGCCGCCGCCUGGUCGCGUGGGGGCUGGACCGCGCGCAGCGGGAUGGCGUGGUCGCAUCGGUGGUGAGCGCGUGGAAGAUGGACGGCUUCUAUCGCGCCUGCGGCUUCGACGAGCAGCACGGCAACGCGACAAGCGGCGAGGGAAACCCGCUCAAGGGCAUCGACGGCGCCAACAUGUUCUGGCGGUGGCCGAGGAAGCCCGACGAGUGA